ACUAGGAUUUAACUGGAACUAACGAAAUGACGUAUAUCGCCUCGUUGUUCCUCCUACUAGUGUACCAAAGCGCCAACUGUACCUUUACAUCCGAGUACGGUGUGCUCAGCUUUCACUAUCCGGAUGAGGGUGCGAUCAAAGAACCCGUGAUAUUCAACUUCGCCCAAGACAUAAAUGAAGAGUAUUUCUCGUUUGAAAAGGAGGUUGUUCGAAGUGUAGUAACAAACAUAUACAAGGUGAAACCUGGGUUUUCUUGUUUUGAAGUUUAUUAUGGAGAAGAACGACUGUGGACUAGAGAUGCCGAUGCGGAACUCGUAUCCAUCCAUCUUACGAGUGUCAAAGACAAACCUAGUUACAUCUACCUUUGGUUCAAAGAGAUAGAUGGAAGAAAUGCAAGCAUGCUAUUCUUAAAGAACGAAAACCACUGGGAGCUCAUGAAAUGUACCCUCUCUGAAAAUGAUCAAAAGGAAAAGAGCAACACCCUAAGGGUUGAUCAUGUUGAUGAAGCUCUCUUUAUGACAAAAGGAGGUGUCUAUGGAAAGCUUCAAGGCCUUGAAGUUGUACCAAAGAACAACCAUGAGAUUAAAACCAUUUUGAGCAAAGUAGGUCAAAUAUGGCAUUCCUACAACGACAAGGAUAUUUGCAAAAGAGCACUCGUAUUUUUCACAAAGGAACAACCCGUAAUAGCUAAACUAGAACUCGAACAUAACAAGAAACCAUUCACGUUGUAUUACCUCUUUGAUGAAAAUGUAUGGGAUAAUGUCCAUAAAAAUCGCUAUGAUGUUUCACUCAAAUAUCUCAAGGCUGGUGAAGCAAUAAAAAAGAAAAGGACAAGGAAGGAUAUUGAUGAUGUGUUCAAAAAGAUUUUAACCGGGGAAGUUGAUGAUUUGGAGGAAAGAGUAUCAACGGUAGAGUUGAAUAUUGAUGACGCCGACAGGUCGCUCUUUUACGUAAGGGACCAAUCAAAGGGAGGACAUCGUAUCGUUAAGUUCUCUCCUAGGCAAGGUAAUCACAUUGUUCAUGUUACUAGUAAAAGUGGCGAAAUCUGGGAUGGUAGAGGCAAACCAGACCAGUGUACUGAACUCAUCCUUCACUAUGCUGGAAAUGAACGCGUAUGCAAACUGGAAGUAAUGACGAUCGAGGCUCUCAUACGCAUGUACAAAAUAAACAAGGGUAAUACCUGGGAAUACAUGAAGGAAGAGGAAUUUGAAAAGAAGGUAAAGGAGCUUGACCAACAAGAGGUAACCACCGAAACGUAAUAUUCUCACUUUAAAUUGUCUUGGCGUAGAUUAGUCUACGUUGCAGAAACCAUUUCCAAUAUGGUAAAACAAAUGUAGUAAAGAGUAAGAAUGGCUCUAUUACAGCCACUCGAAUAAAGUGUAGUUUUAAACGGGCAAAAUGAGAUUUUAAAACGUAG